UUUGAGGAAAGAAAUUAACUUAUAAACACCAAGAGAUGGCAGUAGUGCAACAUUGAUGGAUGCAAGCUGCCGUUAAAAACCAAAGAAGAAGAAGAAGAAGGAAGUUAUUGCAACCAGUAGUAAGUCACCGGAUCAAAGUCCACAACAAACGGACCCUGAUCAGAAAGACGUUCAGAAUAUCCCACACUAGAACAUCCUGAAGCCCUCCAGCCUGAGCAGAAAAUGGACAGUGUAGUGGCUGACCUCCCCAGUGGUCCACUCGAUUUCUACAGGAAAGAGUCCUCUUUCAACUGGAAGGACAUGGUUCUGUUCAUAGAUGGAAAGGAACUACACCAGUUUAAGCAACAAGUGUUUAAGAUGCUGGAAAACAAUCCUCUGUUUGCCCGUCAGCCUGGAGAAGAUGUUCCUGUUGAAAAGAAGAGAGAGCUGAAUUUCCUCAGGGUGAAGCAGCUCUUCAGGUACGACUUUAUGACCACAGAGGAGCUGAUGUCUGACCCAUGGAAGGCAGUGGUCCUGGAAGACUGUCUGGGGAUGUAUGACUGGUCGCUGGUGGCCAAGUUUUUCCUGAACAUCGGGAUGUUUGGUAGGACCAUUGCCAAUUCAGGGUCUAGCAGGCACAGUAAAUAUGUUGAAGGCAUUGAAGACAUGACGAUGUUUGGAUGCUUCGCCCUCACUGAGCUGAGCCACGGCAGCAACACCCGAGCUAUGAGAACUACUUCUACAUACGACCCGUCUACCGAGGAGUUCAUAAUCAACUCUCCUGACUUUGAGGCUGCUAAGUUCUGGGUGGGGAACCUGGGUAAGACUGCCACCCAUGCUGUGGUGUUUGCUCAGCUCUACACACCAGACCAUGUCUGCCAUGGCCUGCACUCCUUCAUUGUUCCGGUGAGAGAUCCCAAAAGUCUUCUGUCUCUGCCUGGAGUGCUGGUUGGAGACAUGGGCAAGAAGUUAGGCCAGAAUGGACUGGAUAAUGGGUUUGUGAUGUUUCACAAUGUAAGAAUCCCACGGGCAAACCUUCUGAACAAGACAGGAGAUGUUACUCCUGAUGGGCGCUAUGUGACACCAUUCAAGGAUCCCAGCAAGCGUUUUGGGGCUUCGUUGGGUGCCCUUUCAGGGGGCAGGAUUUACAUUGGCAGGAUGUCUCUCAUUAACCUGAAGCUGGCUCUGACUGUGGGGAUCCGUUUCUCUGCUGUCAGGAGACAGUUUGGGCCCAACGACACAGAGGAGAUCCCAGUCUUGGAGUACCAGCUACAGCAAUGGCGCCUGAUCCCAUACCUGGCAGCAGCAUACGCUCUAGAGCACUUCACCAGAACCAUCUUUAUGAACUAUGUUGAGUUCCAGAUUGGACAAAUGAUGAAGGACAACAGUGGCAGACAGGCAGAUAUGGGCAGGGAGAUCCAUGCUAUAGGAUGUUGUAGUAAACCGUUAGGCUCUUGGAUUGCUCAAAAGGGCAUCCAGGAGUGCAGGGAAGCCUGUGGAGGACAUGGAUACUUGGCCAUGAAUCGUCUGGGUGAUCUACGAGAUGAUAAUGACCCAAACUGUACUUAUGAAGGUGACAACAAUGUGUUGCUGCAACAGACCAGCAACUACCUGCUUAGCCUUUUCCAUGCCAAAGUCCACAGUGAGUCUACUGUGCCUCUGGCAGCCUAUAGAUGGCUGGUGUGUUUUCUGCUGGUGGAAAGUCAGAAGAGGCUGGAACAAGAAAGAUCUUCAGGCAGGAAGGAAUUUGAUGCUCGUAACAACAGUCAGGUUUAUUACUGCAGAUCGUUGGCCGUCGCCUACAGUGAACACAACUGCCUGCAAAGAUUUCAUGAGCUGAUCUCAGACCAGGAUACGCCUGCAGGUCUCAGACCUGUUCUCAGCAACCUGUGUACCUUGUUUGGACUGUGGAGCCUCAGCAGCCACAUGGCCACGCUGUACUAUGGUGAUUACGCGAGUGGAAGGAAACCUGCAGAGCUGGUUCAGAUGGCCAUCCUCACGCUUUGCUCCCAGCUGAAGAGCGAUGCUGUGGCGCUGGUGGAUGUCUUCGCUCCAACUGAUUUCAUCCUCAACUCACCUAUUGGCUGUGCUGAUGGACAGCUGUACCAGAACCUGUGGUCCACAGUGCUGCAGGGCAGCCAAGUUCUGGAGCGUCCCACGUGGUGGAAAGAGUUCUGCUCAGACAAACCUGUGAUCGGGUCACUCCAGUCCAAACUUUAGAGGCUGAAGAGAAGCUGCAGAGGUGGAUGAACAUCUGGAAGAACCCAAUCUGAAACAAUGAAAGAAUGAUUCUUUCCAUGUGUUUAUGUUAAAUUGCCAAUGAGACGGGUUAUA